UUUUUCUCUUCCAUGGAGAACCAAAAGCACACCGAACGCUCAUCAAGUUCUGGGAGAAGAAGCUUAAAGAGAAAGCUAGAGGAAGAUCUCGAAGACGAUCGAAAAGUUUCUUCUUCUUCUUCUUCUUCUUCGCAAUCUUCGGAAGAUGCUCAUCAAGAUCUGGCGCGUGAAGUCCGUACACAAGUUGAGAUUCUAGAAUCUUCCUUUUCUUCAUCUGAAUCAGAUCGAGCCUCUUCGAAACGCGCUAUACACGUUCUCUCUGAAUUUGCCAAAAACGAGGAAAUUGUGAACGUAAUUGUAGAUUGUGGUGCUGUUCCGGCUUUAGUGCAGCAUCUACAGGCGCCACCUCAUGGAAGUGAAGGUGAUGGUACUCAUAUGCCAUAUGAACAUGAGGUUGAGAAAGGAAGUGCUUUUACGCUUGGCCUUCUUGCUAUUAAAGUACGAUUCAGUUGAUUUUUUUGGGAUAUUUGUUAGUUUUCUCUGCGUAUUAUCAGUGGGCGAGAUGUCAUAAAAUAAAACUAGUUACUUUCAGCAGAUGAUUGUAUGGAUUGCUCCCUCCGUUUCAAUUUGACUAUCAUGUUUUGACUUGAAAUGGAGUUUAGUAAAGUAAA